CCAGUCGAUCCUUUGCGAAGUAAGCACGAGGAUGAAAGUGAUUGCGUUACUCUUGGCUACGGCAUGCCUGGUCCAUGCCACGCAGGUGCCCACUCAGACCGCCGACAAGACAUACCUUCUUAAGCAGAAGAGCAUCUAUGAGCUCUUCUGGCAUGUUGAUCAACCAACUGUCUACCAUCCGGAACUUUACCAAAAAGCGCGAUCCUUCAGCCUCGAAGAUAACAUUGCUUCUUUUACCGAUCAGGCGGCAGUGACCGAAUUUCUGCAGCGAUGGAAACACGGAAUGCUCCCACGAGGGGAAAUGUUUUCUAUAACUUAUCCUCAGCAUUACCAAGAAGCGGUUUGCUUCUUCCGCGUUUUAUAUUCCGCCAAAGAUUUUGACACUUUCUACAAUAUUGCAGUAUGGGCACGUUUCCACAUGAACGAAUGUAUGUACAAAUACGUGUUGGGUGUUGCUGUGAUCCAUCGACCGGAUACCAAUAACAUCCUUCUGCCUCCUAUUUACGAAAUAUUCCCACAUUACUUCUUCAACGAGGACGUUUUGCAUAAAGCCUAUUGUAUUGCGAUGGGCGAUUUGCAAGCAGGUAUGAAGAAAACAAUUGGUAAUGUAGACUAUUAUUACAUUCCUUCCAAUUACACUAGUUGGCAUAUGUUUGGGAAUGAAAUGCCGGAACAACAAAAAUUAAGCUACUUCCUUGAGGAUGUCGGUUUAAACACGUUCUAUUUUGCAAUGAAUCAUAAUUUCCCAAUGUGGAUGAACAGCACUCACUAUAAUAUGCCCCAACACAUUCGUGGCGAAUCGCAUAUAUUCAAUCACAAACAAAUACUCAAUCGCUACUAUUUGGAAAGAUUGUCCAAUGAUAUGGGUGAGAUCACAUACAUCGAUUUAAACAAGCCUAUUGUUCCUGGCUACUAUCCAACGAUGCAGCAUCACAAUGGAUUAUCGUUCCCACAACGUCACAUUGGUUCCGAGAUUCCUCUUCACGCGCACAAAUAUAUCCAGGCCAUACGAGAUAUCCACACUCGCAUUUCUGAUGCCAUUGAGAAAGGCUACGUCGUUGACAUGAAUGGCAAACACAUCGACAUUUACAACAUCAUAGAUCAUGGUUUAAAUUAUCUUGGCAACGUGAUACAGGGCAAUGCCGAUUCCGUCAAUCCUAUAUACUACGGACAGUUGGAACAUUUAUACAAAAAAGUUCUCGGUAUGGGCCCGAUUCAGGCCACCAAACACACGACAGUUCCCACUGCUCUCGAACUCUUCUCUACCACCUUAAGGGACCCUGUAUUCUAUGGAAUCCAAAAGAAUAUCGCUACUCACUGGAUGAGAUAUAAGGAACGCUUGCCGAGCUACACACACGAGGAACUCGUUUUCCAGGGUGUUACGAUCGAAUCCGUCACCGUCGACAAGUUGUUGACUUUCUUCGACCACUUUGAAUCAAUGCUCAACAACGCCGUAUCGGUACGCAGCCACAAGGAAGCUCAAUCUUUGUUGAUAAAAGCACGUCAUUAUCGUCUUAAUCAUAAACCUUUUACCUAUCACAUCACCAUCAACAGCGACAAAAAUGUCAAGGGAGUUGUUCGUGUCUUCCUUGGACCCAAAUACGAUGUUCACGGCCACGAACUGGAUAUAAGCGAGAAUUAUAUGAACUUUUUCGAGAUGGAUCAAUGGCACGUUGACCUGAAACCUGGAACCAACAAGAUUGAGCGCAAUAGUUACGAAUCUAUCUAUGUCGUUCCGGAUGAGAUGCCAAGCGAGGUUCUGUACAAGAAGGUGAUGAAAGCUGUCGAGGGUGGCGAGACUUUCACUUACCCAGGCCAGAUUUACGGUUUCCCCGACCGUUUAAUGCUUCCUAAAGGCAAGAAAGAGGGUAUGGCGUUCAAACUCUUCGUGUGCGUAUCAUACUUUGAUGAGACAAGAGCCAUCAAGGUGGAUUCUCCCAUUUGGGGUCCAAGAGUGAUGGCGGACCCUCUACCAUUGGGAUAUCCGCUCGACAGACCGGUUCAUGCCUUCAACUUCACUGCACCCAAUUUCCACAUGAGGGAUGUUCUGAUUUUCCACAAGCAGGCGGAAGAAUUGAAUCUCACCGACAUAGAAGACAUAGAAUCUCGAAUAUCGGCAGCCAUUGAUUCAGCCUUUAUCUUGGAUGCAACUGGUAAAAUGAUCAACACCUACACAUCCGAGGGUCUCAACAUUCUUGGUAAUAUUAUUGAGGGCAAUAUGGAUUCCUGCAAUCUCGAUUUUUACGGCAGCAUCGAUCUACUAGCGAGAAAAAUCUUUGGAUACAACUUGGAACCGUCAACCUCAUAUCAGAUUAUACCUAGUGCCCUCGAGUUUUACAGCACGUCCAUGAGAGAUCCUGCAUUCUAUCGUUUUUUACAAAAAAGAAUAUUGUACUACUACUUUAGGUACAAAUUGCAUCAGAAAUCAUACAACAAGAACGAAAUUAUUUAUCCCGAAUUGAAGAUCGAGUCCUUUGUCGUAGAUAAAUUAACUACCUAUUUUGAUCAGUUUGAUACUUCGAUCAGCAAUGGUUUGGUAAUUGAUGAUGCAAAGGAAGUGGAAAACACGUUGAUCAAAAUUCGUCAGUAUCGUCCGAAUCACAAGCCAUUUAGCUUCCAUCUCUCUAUCAACGCCGAGAAAUCUAUGAAAGCCGUGAUAUGUAUUUUCCUCGGACCAAAGUAUGACACUCAUCACAAAGCGAUUGAUUUCGCUGAAUACGCAAUAUACUUUUAUGAAAUGGACAACUGGGUAAUCGAUCUAAACGCCGGUGUGAACAAGAUUGUUCGAAAUAGUCAAGACUGCUUCUUCGCCGUACCCAAUCCGGAACCGAGCGAAAUACUAUACAAGAAGUUGCUUAAGGCCUUGGAUGGUUCCGAUGAAUUCUCGUACGCGGAAAGAAUCUAAGGAUUUCCUGAGCGUUUGCUUUUGUCCAAGGGCAAGAAAAAUGGUAUGCCUUUCCAGAUCUUUGUAUACAUCAAUCCGGUCGAAGGAGAACUGAUUCCUUCUAUGUCCCGCGUCUUUGGUGGCUAUAAAUUUGACAAUAAGUCAUACAGAUUCCCCUUGGAUAAACGUUUCCGCUACGAUGGAUCGAACAUGAUGUUGAAAGAUAUUAUGAUCUAUCACAAGGACGAGACGGAGUUGAACGUGACUAAUUAAUCGCUAUUUACGUUUUAAAUCUGUCAUUAUUUGAUUCAAUUAUACUGCAAUCAAUCAUGCUUCUAAAUGUAUCAAAAUGAAGUACAAUACGUUUUAGGUCUUUUACAAUAAAGAUUUUUUUAUGAAUC